AUGCCCAGUGCCGUAGCAAUCACCAUCAUUGCCUUCUGCAUGAUCGUCCUUUUCGCCAUGGUCGCAUGGGCUUUCUUUUGGCCUCACAAAUACCACAGAUAUGGAAUGGAUCAUUCGAAAAAGGCUGCAAAAAAACGUUCGCGUACCGCUGGCCGGUCGCACCACAAUGUCGAAAUGCAUCCGAAGCAUUGGGGCGAGGGUGAGAAUAGUCAGCCGGGGAAUGGCGAUGGUGAGAAUCAUCAACCGAGGAUUGGAAAGACGAGACCGAUGCCCAAGUACGACUCGGAGAAGGACGCCUCAGAUUGGGUGUAG